GCCUCCACUUCGCUCCCGAGCAGGGCCGCGGCGGCGGUUGCGCGCUUGGCUGGAGGGCCCCGGUGGGAGAGAGAGACAGAGAGCGAGAGAGCGGCGCUUCGCCAUGGAGAUGAAGAAGCGGCUGACGCUGGAGCUGCGCAACAAGAAGCCCGCCGAGGUGAAGGAGCUGGUGCUGGACAACUGCCGCUCCGACGAUGGCAAGAUCAGCGGGCUCUCCUCCGACUUCGAAAACCUGGAAUUCCUGAGCAUGAUCAACACCGGUCUUGUCUCCAUCUCUAACCUUCCCAAGCUUAACAAACUCCGGAAGCUGGAGCUGAGUGACAAUCGUAUUUCGGGCGGGCUGGAAGUCCUCGCAGAGAAAACGCCGAAUUUGACGCAGUUGAACCUCAGCGGGAAUAAAAUCAAAGAGAUCAGCACGUUGGAACCUCUGAAAAAGCUGCCCCACCUGCGGAACCUCGACCUCUUCAACUGCGAGGUGACGACGCUGAUGAACUACCGCGAGAGCAUCUUCACCCUCCUGCCUCAGCUGAUUUAUCUUGAUGGGUUCGAUGCCAGCGAGAAAGAAGCCCCCGACUCGGACCUGGAAGCCGAUGGGCUAGACGAUGAGUACGACGAGAACGGAGACGAAGAUGAGGAGGAAGAGGAAGAGGAGGAAGACGAAGAAUUAGAUGACGAAGAUGACCUGGACGGCGAAGAUGAGGAGAACGGGGGCGAUGAUGAGGAUGAAGACGAUGAGGAUGACGGAGACGAGGAUGAGGAUGAGGAUGAAGAAGCUGAGGUCCAGCAGGGCGAGAAACGGAAACGAGACCCCGAGGAGGAACCUGACGACGACGACGAGGAUGAAGAUGACUGAGGACUCCCUCCCUCCUCUUCCUCGGCUCCUUUGCAGGCCGAUCCGUGUUUUUUGGCGGACUGUGUGACUUUCCCGGCCUUUCACCAUUCCCACCCACCCCCUUGUGAGACUGUGAUGAAUCCCCUUCCCCUUUGCUCCCCCCCCCCCGCUCUUUUGUACGGCUGCGAACACCCACAGUAUAUAUUUUUUUAAAGAUUGUAGAAAAAGGAUAGGUGUUUCAGGAGAAGUUGGAUUUUUUGUUUUGUUUUGGGGGUUAGAUUUCUCUUCCCUCUCCAGCCCCCCCUCCCCUUGUGCUGCCCCCCCUCCCUUCCCUCCCUUCCCCCCUCCCUCUGGAUAUGAGGUAUUUGCGACCAAAGGCUUAGCAACGCAAGGGCAGGUUUGAUGAACCUGCAAGCAAUUUGGGUUUCUUGGCACCUGCUCCCCAGUCCGCCUUGGGCUCGGCGAUUCCUGGCUGGGGAGAGGGAGGGGGGAGUCAAGUCCGCCGUGGCCCCUCCCACUCUGCCCGGGAGGCUGAAGAUCCUUCUGGAAACAAGGCCAAGCAGGGCGCAGGGUGCAGCUGUGGCCCUCGGUGUGAGUUCCGGAUGCGGGGCCCUCCUCUCUUCAGCACGGGGGUCGUGGCCGUGCUGUUGAAGUGUUUUACGCAUGGAUUGUGGGUUGCUUGCUGCGAUGUUUUUAAUUUGGUGUCUGCUUCCACAAUUUAUUCCUUGCUGAUCUUUGCCCCCCUCCACCCAUCACCGCCAAGAGUUUCUCUGUAAGUUCAGCUGGGGGGGGCGGCAAAUUGGCAUGCUGCGGACAGAGCGGGGCAGCAGUCCCCCAUUGCCAGCCUCACAAGAAGAAGCUGGCCCAGGUGGGGGAAGAAGCCUCACUUGAAACAGGUAGAUAAAAAAACUUUUUUUUUUUAAAAAAAAGCAGAAUUCUGCAGUUUGUAAAGCCCCGUGUUUUUUUAAAAAAAAAUUAAUUUUAAUUUUUGUGGCACAGUUCCGUACAAACCUGGCUAGGAAAACACUUUGGGCACAAACAACACAAACCUCACACCUCCCAAGUUGAGAGUUGUGGUUCAGCGUUUCCUCUCUUUCUCCCCCCCCCAAAUUCCUGGCCAAUGAUGGGUGGUUUUUAGCCCCUAGUUUUAAAAAAAAAAGUUUUCAGCCCAGAUUUGGUCAAAAACCGAACCCCAUAAAUAAUAGCUCCCUCCCACCCCACUCCACCCACCCUUUCGGAAUUUUUGGGCCCUCUUUUAUAUAUCUCCUUUUUGUUAAUGGAAUUUGGAUAAGACUUUUAAUAAAAAGACUUUUGGUUUUUAAAAAGGAA